AUGGCAACCGAAGAAAAUGACGAAAUCGAAGUUGAUAUGAGUGCUGAGAACAAUAUUACCGGUAUCAACAGUGGUAAUGUGGUCGAAAGCGAACAACAAAGUCAGUCUUAUUCAUCGAAACAACAUGCGGAGAUGCUGUUGAAGUUAAGAAGGGAGAAAAGAACCCGUAAAAUGAAGGCAACUAAGCUUAAACAUCAAUUACAAAAAUUAUGCAGUGUAAAGGACGGAAAUAUAGACACUGCUCAAAUCGAAAAUUGCGUAAGUGAAUUGAGGGAAAUUUUAGAGGAAACACAGCUUGUAAUGGACGAAAUGAGUAGCUUGUAUUUACAGAUGAAUGAUAUGAAACUGCACAAAGAAAUUAUGCAAGAAUCAGAUAACUUAGAGCUAGAAAUACAGCAGACUAUAGACAGUGCACAAAAGAUGUUAAUUGCCUCACCCUAAGUAUUAGAAAAAGACAACCCAGUCGACACCGAACCAGUUUUGCUCACAGGGGGAAAUGAUUUAUCGUCCGAAUCGAAUAACAAUUUGCAAACAGAAGUACAGACCCCUAGUCACCAGGACCCAACCCCUAGUUCCCAGGCCCCAAUUCCACCUGGUACCCAGACUACGACCCUUCCUUAUCAGAGCCCUAGUUACCAGACCCCAAUUCCACCUGGUACCCAGACUACGACCCUCCCUUAUCAGAGCCCUAGUUACCAGACCACAAUUCCACCUGGUACCCACACUACGACCCUUCCUUAUCAGAGCCCUAGUUCCCAAACCCCAAUUCCACCUGGUACCCAGACUACGACCCUUCCUUAUCACAGCCCUAGUUACCAGACCCCAAUUCCACCUGGUACCCAGAAGACGACCCUUCCUUAUCAGAGCCCUAGUUACCAGACCCCAAUUCCACCUGGUACCCAGACUACGACCCUUUCUUAUGAGAGCCCUAGUUACCACCGCCCAAUUCCACUUGGCACCCAGACUACGACCCUUCCUUACCCAAUUUCACCCCAAAUGCAAGGGGGUAAAUCAGCAAUUAAUCGUCACCUAAAAGCUUUGCGCGUUCCUGUUUUUGGUGGUACCAAGGCCAAAUUUGAAGAACUUUGGAGCCUGUUUCUGAGUUUAGUAGAUGCUUCAAAUGAACCCAUCAAUCUCAAAAUGGCAAGAUUACAGCAAAGUUUAACCGCCCGAGCCCAUGAUGCAAUUCGAGGUCUAGGGGUAUCAGAACCUGAAUACACAGAAGCGAAAGAAAUUCUUAAGACAAAGUUUGGUGGGCAACGUCGGCAACUGAAGGCCCAUUUACACGGUACGAUUAGUUGUUUACGAUUCUUACUCUGGCGUAUGUGAUCGAAUAAACACGCGUACAAACGUCACAUUUCAAAUUUCGCCAUCAGCGAAUGAGCAAUAACGUGGCAUUAGCACUCGUUUUCAUUCGUCAGAAUGACAAUCGUAUACAACUAAUCGUAUCGUGUAAAUGGGCCUUAAGAGCUUACAUGGAUGAGUUAGACAGUAUACCAGCACUGCGUUAUAAUGAUGUGGACAAUUUUGAAAGGUUUGCUGAUUUAGUGAGAGUAGCGGUUGUGAAGCUGAAAGCAGAAAACCGACAAGCAGAGCUUGGAGAGGGAACAUUGCACAGUCAACUCGUACGGAAGUUACAUGAUCGACAUUUAGAGUGUUACAGUCGUUGGUUAAACGUUCAUAACAAAGAACCUGCAGUUACUAGUUUGUGUGACUGGUUAAAAGAAGAAGUGGCAAUCAAGAUUGAAGCAAAAGAAAUGGCUCAUGGUUUGGAUGAGAAACUGUUACCUGAGCGACGACUCCCGAGAGGAAAACCUGAUGAAGGUCGCCCAAGGUCAUACUUUACUGGAAAAGAAGUGAACGACCGCUUUCAAAACCGUAUAGAAAAACGAGAAGAGAGAACCAAGCCACCCUGCGUUUUCUGUGGUCAGGGUAACCAUGGGAUAUGGAAUUGCAACCAAUUUAAACAGAAAACAGUCGGAGAACGGUGGAAAGUUGCAAAAGAAAAGUAUCUGUGUUUUCGUUGUUUAUCCAAUGAGCAUCGUGGAAAGGAUUGUAGACGGACUCGCCCAUGUGAUGUUGAUGGAUGUCAGCUCACUCACCACCGACUACUUCAUGACACUGCCCAAAGCAGGAAACCCGGUCCUGUACUUCCGGACGAGAGGGCGGAUCCUUCACGGGAGGGGCCAGAGAGUUUGACAAAUCUUACUAUGACAUCGAACCGGUCCAAAUUGCAACCAGAGGCAACCUCAUUGAGAACAGUUCCAGUUUGGGUAAAAGCUAAUGGAAAAAAGGUGAAAGUGAAUGCAGUGUUAGAUGACGCCUCAAAUGAAUCUUUCAUGAAUGAAGAAGUUGCUGGCCUCCUUGGAUUGAGAACUACUUGGCAAACUGUACAAGUACGAGUGUUAAACGAUUCUGUGGAAACCUUCAGGUCAAUGCCGCUGCAGAUCGAUUUAGAGAGUGAUGAUCGCCAGUUCACUAAAACCAUAAAUGUUCAAACCUGUCCUAGAGCAGUUACAGGGAGCUAUCAAGUGGUGGAUUGGAGUCAAUAUCAGUCAAACUGGCCGCAUCUUUCCCAAUGCAAUUUUGCUACGUCAGCCAAAGAUGGGUUUGCUGAUUUACUGAUUGGUGUGGACAACCCUGAUCUGCACUUCUCCAUUGUUGAUUUCCAAGGCCCCUCGGGAGGGCCAGUAGCUCGUCUCGGCCCGCUCGGUUGGACAUGUAUUGGGUCCGCUGCUAAAGAUACCAACCACCAUUCAAGAUCCCAUCUGGCGAGAACACUGCAUACCAAAACGGCAGAUCCGGAGAACAGAUUGACAGAGUGUUGUAACCUUCAAAUCAAAUCAAAUCAAUUUAUUCUGCCACCGAUCAGACCUUGAUCGUACAAUGCGUAACUUCUGGGAAAUCGAAAGUACUGGUACCGACAAAGUUUGUGCAAAAGUUAUGACCGAAGAUGAGAAAUUAGCCCUUGGAAAGGUCGAGAGCUCGUUGCAAACACUGGAUUACAGAUACCAAGUUGGUGUACCUUGGCGAAGUGAUCGACCAGAGUUGCCGAGCAACCGUCAGAUGGCACAAUCUCGCUUGGUCUCCACCGAAAGAAAUCUGCGAAAGAAUCCCAUCGUGGCUAACGAAUAUCAGAAAACAU